CUAUAACCAUCCAUCCCCUCCCGGCCCCUCGCUAUAUAUAUAUUUUUUCUAUUUUCUUACUCAAACUGCCCUUAUCUAUAUAUGUUCAUAUAGUCACAAAUCCCCCCACAUUUGAACGCCUAACAAAUCCUUGAAAGAAGCCAGCUCUAGCUACUACCUAGCAAUGGGUGGUCAAGGAGACCCUCCACUCCUCCAAGACCUUAAACUAACCAUCCUUAGCUCCUCCGUCCUCCACCCCUCGCCUCCUUUGGAGAGGCGGUCGAUGUUCCUCUCCAACAUCGACCAAGUCCUCAACUUUACCGUCGAAACCAUCCACUUCUUCGCUGCCAAUCCCGACUUUCAAUCGGAGAUUGUAGUGGAGAGGUUGAGGUCUGCCGUGGAGCGAGUGCUGCUGCCAUAUGACUUUCUGGCGGGGCGGUUGAAGUUGGAGGACGAGGAAGGGAGAUUAGAGAUUGAUUGUAAUUCUGCCGGUGUUGAGUUCUUGGUGGCUGAAAGUAAGUUGAAGCUUGAUGAAAUUGGAGAGCUGGAGUACCCAAAUCCGGCUUUCCGGCAGCUGGCCGCCGCCAGAGCGGUGAAAGAGGGUGUGAAGAUGGAGGACCAACCUUUGUGCUCCUUUCAGCUAACAUUCUUCAAAUGCGGCGGAUUCGCUCUGGGCAUUUCCAACAACCAUGUCACCUUCGACGGCAUGAGCUUCAAAAACUUCCUCCAAAACCUGGCUUACCUCGCCGCCGCCGGCCACAACAACACACUUCCCACCCCACCUUUCACCAACCGCCACCUCCUCUCCACCCGCUGCCCUCCACGCGUCACCUUCCCCCACCCCGAGCUCUUCGAAACUCCUUCCUCCGCGAUGCUCGAACUCUCCCCUUCGACCACCACAUUAAACUUCAAGCUCCUCCGCCUCUCCGCCGCCGAUAUCUCCUCCCUCAAACUCCUCUCACAACCCCACUCCACCCGCCCCACCAGCUUCAACGUCGUCGUCGCCCAUCUCUGGAGAUGCAAGUCGCUAUCUUUAUCGCCGGAUCAGGACCUCAAACGGACGUCCAUGGUUCUCUACGCCGUGGAUAUAAGAAAAAAAGUUUCGCCGCCGCUUCCGCCGGAGUAUACCGGAAAUGCGGUUUUGACGGCGUAUGGGGCGGCGACGGUGGAAGAUGUCGGGAAAGGGGAGUUUGGGAAGGUGGUCGAGGCGGUGGCUAAAGGAGCGGAGCGAAUGGAAAACGAGUAUGCGAGAUCCGUGAUUGAUUGGGGUACGUUGCACCGCGGGUUUCCGAAAGGGGAUAUGUUUGUGUCGUCUUGGUGGAAAUUGGGCUUCGCCGACGUGGAAUUUCCGUGGGGUAAGGCUGUCUACGUGUGCCCCGUGGCACAUCCGCGGAAGGAUAUCGUGUUGUUGUUUCCGAGUAUUGGUGGGGUGGACAAAGGGGUGAAUGUUUUGGUGGCGUUACCAAAAGAGGAGAUGGAGAGGUUUGAAGAGUAUUUUUACAAGUUGUUGCCGACCGCUGAGUGAUGAUGUAAUGAUGUUGUUAUGUUAUGUGUAUAGCGAUGAUGGUGGCAUAAUAGCAUGUUGCAUAAAGUAUAUGUGGGAGGGGAAGAUGAUAUGUAUGCAUUGAAAGAUGUAUGUAAUGUAUGAAUGAGUGAAUGGAAGUGCAUGGAAAUGUUUGGAUGGUUUA